ACCCUUCCGUCCUUAUCCAGCUCGCUCGAGGGAUAAAACUCGAAGCCCUCUCACCACCUGCGGCCCCGCGCACGGCCUCCUCUCUUUGGUGAUCCCACAGUAGGAAAAAGGAUGCAGCGGAACGGCGAGGCCAGUCGACGCAUCGCAUCGAUCUCUGCCCACCUCCAUCCGCCCAGCCCUCCGAUGCAGGGAAGUACGUCACUGAGACGGGCUGAUUGCCGGGCGAAAGGAGGAGCACCCGGAUUCAAAGUAGCAAUACUGGGUGCUGCCGGAGGAAUAGGACAGCCCCUGGCAUUGCUGAUGAAGAUGAAUCCCCUGGUGUCUGUUCUGCACCUCUAUGAUGUUGUCAAUUCACCUGGUGUUACAGCUGAUGUUAGUCACAUGGAUACUGGUGCUGUGGUUCGCGGCUUUUUGGGUGCACCUCAAUUGGAAAAUGCACUUGUUGGAAUGGAUCUUGUCAUCAUUCCAGCUGGUGUGCCAAGAAAGCCAGGAAUGACAAGGGAUGAUCUAUUCAAAAUCAACGCUGGAAUAGUUCGGACCCUAUGUGAAGGGGUUGCUAAAUGCUGUCCUCAUGCAAUUGUGAACUUGAUCAGCAACCCAGUGAACUCCACUGUUCCUAUUGCAGCAGAGGUUUUCAAGAAAGCUGGGAUCUAUGAUCCCAAGCGCCUUUUGGGAGUGACAACUCUUGAUGUCGUGAGAGCUAAUACAUUUGUGGCUGAAGUACUGGGCAUUGAUCCAAGGGAGGUUAAUGUACCUGUGGUUGGUGGUCACUCAGGAGUUACCAUAUUACCUCUCUUGUCACAGGUUAAACCUCCAUGCUCCUUCACCUCGGAAGAAAUCUAUCACCUUACUAACCGCAUUCAAAAUGGUGGAACUGAAGUUGUUGAGGCCAAAGCUGGAGCUGGCUCUGCAACACUCUCCAUGGCAUUUGCCGCAGCUAAAUUUGCAGAUGCAUGUCUGAGGGGACUGAGAGGUGAUGCUGGCAUUGUGGAAUGUGCAUUUGUGGCAUCACAGGUGACAGAACUCCCUUUUUUUGCAUCAAAAGUGCGAUUAGGUCGAGGUGGAGCUGAAGAAAUCUUCCCUCUAGGGCCACUGAGUGAAUACGAAAGGGCUGGCUUGGACAAGGCAAAGGAGGAGUUGGCAGGGAGCAUUGAGAAGGGAGUUUCUUUCAUUAGGAAGUGAUAGAUGUACAGUGACAGUGUAGCUGCUCAUGCACCAUUGUUGGGUGACUGCACUCAUGCUGCUACAUGUAUAUAAGUUAUAUACUUGUAUAUGCAACAAAAAUUUUCUAUCUCAGACUGGUAAUAUUAUUUUCUUUAUGAUCCAUGCUUGAUCAAAAGAAGAUUUAAA